AUGAUCAAACAAAACAAAGAUGCAAUGAAAUAUCUGUUUACUAUGUCAGAUACAUUUGUGCCAAGUGUUGAUUACAUGCUGGACCAUAUACAUGGUGAAUUUAGUGAGGAAGGCUCAAACAUGAAAACAAACGAAAUUGAUAUAUACAAGUACUUAAAUGAUUACAUUGAAGACAUUGGUUUUUCAGGUAAAAGAUGCUUUGCAUCACUCAGGGGCUGUUUGAUCUGAACAUAAGACUGGAUUGUGCAUCUAUUGUGUAAACCAACUGAUAGCAUUAAUGAGGUACCAACUGAUAGCAUUAAUUUAUACAGUAGUAUUGUGGAAAUUUAUUACUUGAGAUGCUUUAUAUAAGUUCCAAUUGAAAAUAAUAUAGCAAUCUAGUACAUUUAAAAUUUGAACGACAUUUUACAAAGGAGAGACAUAGCUCGUUUUCUGCUCCAGUUGUCAACAGGUUGUGCUAUCCAGUCUUAUUUUAGAUCAGUGAUGCGUGGUUAGGCGAGGCGAUGCUCUUACAGUGUAUACUGUAAAGUGUAUGCUCUGUAAAAAUCUACAUGAAAAGACAUAGAGCAGCCUUAUAGUGAUUAUAUAUUAGCCACUAUUAAAUUAAUUUGUUUGAUUGUUUAUGUAGCCUCACCAGAUGAUGGCACAGAUAUUGAGAAUACAGCAACAACACUGUCAAAACUAUACAGGUUCAUUACAGGAACUUCUACUGUUCCACCAUGUGGGCUGCCAAAAGACAUCACAGUCAAGUUUAAGCAUGACUGUGAUGACAAGUGUAGAUGCCGACCAACCGCCUCGACAUGCAACAUCAGCUUCACUCUACCUUUACACUAUGCUAACUACCUAGAUUUCAAAGAAUGUGUGUCAUCAGCCUUAGUGGAAACAUAUGGUUUUGGGUUUCUUUGA